GGAUUUUAUUCUGCCUUUCAACUUUCAACCUAAACUCUCUCGUUCCACGCUACUGCAUCUCUCUCUUCUUUUAUGCAUUGCAUUUUCUCAUUUCACAUAACUACCGUCACCUGUCGGUACCAAACUGGCGUAUCCAAUGUCGCCACGCGUGACUUUUUUUGGCAAAAAAAUGGAUUACGUGUCCUCCCCAUGGCCAUGGGCGAAUAGCAACUUGCUUGCCAAUUUGGGUUUCGCUUUCUAGGACUAGGAGAGCAGGUGGCCAAUGCCAAUACAAGUCCAAUUCAGUAUUCUUUACCAUUUCCAUAAACGACACUUGUAUCCGAUCGUUUCGAGAAAUCAAAGCAUUUCUGCUUUGAGUAAACAACUGUGGACGUGGUUGUUCUUGCCUUCACUUUGUACCUAGGAUGGGAUGGGGAAACAUUUACAGAAGGCGUGUGAGAGUAUUUGCAGCGGCUAUAAUGAUCUAUCUGGAUUAUAAGGCUGUACAGCAAAGAGAUAAAUGGACCAUCAAAUCGAAAAGAGCUGCAUUGUGGGAGAAGGCUCAUGAGCGCAAUGCUAAGCGUGUUCUCAACUUGAUGAUAGAAUUGGAAGGAUUGUGGGUAAAACUUGGACAGUACUUAUCCACACGUGCUGACGUGCUUCCUCCUGCAUAUAUAUCACUUCUCAAGCAGUUACAGGACUCUCUUCCUCCUCGUCCUCUGCAAGAGGUUUGUCAAACUAUAGAGAAAGAACUGGGAAAAUCGAUGGAUGAUCUUUUCUCAGAUUUUAACAGGACGCCUUUGGCAACAGCAUCAAUUGCACAAGUCCAUCGUGCAACACUUAUUAAUGGGCAGGAGGUGGUUGUUAAAGUUCAACAUGAGGGCAUUAAAACAAUUAUAUUGGAGGACUUAAAGAAUGCCAAGUCAAUUGUUGACUGGAUAGCAUGGGCAGAGCCUCAGUAUGACUUUAAUCCCAUGAUAGAUGAAUGGUGCAAAGAAGCUCCAAGAGAACUUGACUUCAAUAUUGAAGCUGAGAAUACUAGAACUGUAGCUAGGAAUCUUGGCUGCAGAAAAAACAAUGACAAUAACAAGCCUGCAAAUCCAGUGGAUGUUCUGAUUCCAGAGCUUAUUCAGUCAAGUGAAAAGGUUCUAGUUUUAGAGUAUAUGGAUGGGAUUCGUUUGAAUGACCAUGAAUCUCUUGAAGCUUAUGGUGUUGACAAGCAAGCAGUUGUUGAAGAAAUAACACGUGCAUAUGCCCAUCAAAUAUAUAUUGAUGGAUUUUUUAAUGGUGACCCACAUCCUGGAAAUUUCCUGGUGAGCAAGGAACCUCCACAUCUUCCAGUUUUGCUUGACUUUGGUCUUACAAAGAAAAUAUCGAGUUCGAUGAAACAAGCACUAGCCAAAAUGUUUCUUGCAUCUGUUGAGGGGGACCAUGUAGCCCUUUUGUCUGCAUUUGCAGAAAUGGGGCUUAAGCUGCGUCUGGACAUUCCAGAUCAGGCUAUGGAGGUAACAAAUGUAUUUUUUCGUACUUCAACGCCAGCUAAUGAGGCUUUUGAAAACAUGAAAUCCUUGGCUGAGCAAAGAUCAAAAAACAUGAAGAUUAUACAGGAAAAGAUGAAGCUCAAACAAAAAGAAUUUAAACACUUUAAUCCAGUUGAUGCAUUUCCCGGAGAUAUUGUAAUAUUCUCACGGGUCCUCAAUCUUCUGAGAGGGCUUUCGUCCACAAUGAAUGUUCGCAUAGUAUAUCAAGAUAUCAUGAGACCAUUUGCAGAAUCUGCUCUAGUAGGAAACAUCAAUAAGGGACCAGCAGUUAAUGCACAAUGGAUCUACAAUACACCAUCUCAUUCUGACGUGGAGACAAAGUUGAGGCAGCUCUUAGUUGAUUUGGGAAAUGAAGAAAAAGUACUUGGAAUCCAGGUAUGUGCCUACAAAGAUGGAGAGGUUAUUAUUGAUACUGCCGCGGGAAUUCUUGGUAGAUAUGAUCCUCGCCCAGUUCAGCCUGAUAGUCUUUUUCCAGUUUUUUCUGUAACAAAGGGAAUCACAGCGGGAAUGUUACAUUGGCUCAUUGACAAUGGAAAAGUCAAGCUCGAUGAAAAUGUUGCUAAUGUGUGGCCGGAAUUUGGAACAAAUGGAAAAGAUCAAAUAAAGGUCUGUCAUAUUCUAAACCAUACAUCUGGUUUGCACAAUGCCUUGGCUAAUCUUAGAGGAGAAAAUCCUUUGCUAAUGUGUGACUGGGAAGAAUGUAUGGAUCAGAUUUGUAUGUCAGUUCCUGAGACAGCACCUGGCCAGGAGCAAUUGUAUCACUAUUUUUCUUUUGGUUGGCUAUGUGGUGGAAUAAUUGAGCAUGCCUCUGGCAAGAAAUUUCAGCAGAUUCUUGAAGAAGCAAUCAUUCAGCCUCUCAAUAUUGAAGGAGAGCUAUAUGUUGGAAUUCCUCCAGGUGUGGAAUCUCGACUUGCAAAUUUGACAAUAGAUAUGAAUGAUCUGAGCAAUCUUUUGGAGAUGAGUAAUCGUCCUGACCUACCAUCCACCUUCCAGCCAAGCAGCAUUGCUCAAUUAGUAACUACCUUGCCUGCUUUAUUCAACAUGCUGAAUGUUCGCCGUGCAAUCAUACCUUCUGCUAAUGGACAUUGCUCAGCACGUGCUCUUGCACGUUAUUAUGCAGCCCUUGUUGAUGGAGGCAUGAUCCCACCAUCACAUUCCUCUCUAUCCAAUCCUCCACUUGGUAGCCACCCCCACAUUCCCAAGUUUCCUUCUGAGAAGACCUCUAAAAAGCAAAAAGGUAAAAGUAAUGAGGUGGCCACUUCUUCAAAGAACAAACGUAAUGAUCACCAUGACCACUCGAGGAAUUCUAGUAAAGAUUUCAAGGAUGGUGAAAAUAAUAGAAAGAGUAGCAAUGAUGGCUACACUAGGCUUGCUUCCGAUUCCAGUAGGAAUACCAGUAAUGCCAGUGUAGCUGACAGCUUUGCAAGAAGUGAUGUUGCUCAAAAAAAUAAUGUUAAGGGGAUUUUUACUAACCCUAGGAUUCAUGAUUCAUUUUUGGGCGUGGGUGAGUAUGAGAAUUUGGCCACGCGAAAAGGAAAAUUUGGACUAGGAUUUAGGAGGGCUAGUUUAAAUGAUGGAUCAUUUAGUGGGUUUGGGCACUCGGGCAUGGGUGGAUCCACAGGUUUUUGCGAUAUCAAGAACAGGUUUGCCAUUGCAGUGACACUAAACAAAAUGUCAUUCGGGGGUGUGACAAGAAAAAUUGUUCAGCUUGUUUGUUCAGAGCUAAAUAUCCCAUUGCCUGAGGAUUUCUCAGGUUCUGGUGAUAGAGGACCUGAUGUGCAGUUAAAUAUAGGGAGAUCACUGAUUAACUGAAUAUAUAUGAGAAAAUUGUCUCUCUUUGCUCUGUGUGGUGUAUACACGUGAACAAAACUCAAAAGAUGUCACAACGACCACAAUUAAUUUGGAAACAAUGUGGACUGACUUUGUAGUUUUAGUUAACAAUGGUAUACAGUUAUAUGUACACUUUAGCAAAUGUGUUUUGAGUUGCAUUUGUUCGUUUCAAAAUAUGAUGCAUUUUGUGUCUGUAAACAAAUACACGUAUUGGUUGAUGAAUUUUUAUAUGGUGAAAUCAUUGUACA